AUGGACGACGAUCCUCGGUCACUCAAGGUCCUGUUCGCCGAUGCAGAAUCCAAACGCCUUGCCCUAUCCAACUCCCCAUUCGCCCCAAACUCGACACAAUACGCCGACACAGUAUCCUCGGCAGUGAAACUCUACCGGGACUGCCUUACUCUCAUUGGCGCUCUGUCCAUCUUUAGCCCAAACGAGUCACUCGAGGACCUGUCAACCAGCGACCUACCCUUUCUCCUGAUAAAUUUCCACCUCGCUGAGGUCUCCCAAAGACUGCCCUCCUCGUCACCCCAAGAGCGCAAACGCAUCCUCUCCGCCGCCCGCGACGCCUACGAACGCUAUCUCCACCUCCUCGACAGCUACGACAUCCUAUCACCCACCCACAAGAAAACCUUCGAGCAAUACACCGACGCGCCCACCACCUUUAGCACCGUAUCCGCCUCCGACCCCGAAGCCCGCCGUAACGCCAAGAUAGCCAACUUCAAGACAGAAAAAGAGCUCCGCACCAAGCUAGAAUAUCUCCGCCGCCGACCAGAGUAUGGCACCGAGGAUGACCGGAGCGGCGGAGUCAUCGGCGGGGACGAGGACGCCGUGCGCGACGUCCACCUCGCCCACCUCCACUACAGCACCCACAUGACCUUCCAGGCGCUCGAGGGUCUCAACCGGGAGUGCGAGAUCCUGGCACUCGCACCACCCCCACAAACCGACGGCAGCUCUGAUCCGCGCGGAGGAGCAGCAGCAGCAGCAGAAGACGACGACGCCCGCCGCAGACAGCGCUACACGGCCGGGGGGCUCGGCGACAACAACAAACACGACAGCUACAGCGAGCGGCUCGACCAGCCGCUGAGCGGGGGCCUGGGCCGGGGCGGGCCGCUGCUCUCGCGGGAGGGGAAGCCGCUGCAGCCGUUCACGCUGCUGGGCAACCGGCAGGAGCUGGCGCGGGGCGUGUUCCGGCCGGGCCACAACCUGCCAACCAUGACCAUCGACGAGUACCUGGACGAGGAGCGGGCGCGCGGGGGGAUCAUAGAGGGCGGCGGCGAGGCGAGUUGGCAUCGGCCCGAGCCGGACGAGGAUGAUAUUGAGAAGGCGGAUGCUGAGACGAUGAAGGCGCGCGAGUGGGACGAGUUUGUCGAGGCGAAUCCGAAGGGGAGCGGGAAUACCCUGAAUCGGGGGUAG